AUGCUCGAUAAAACUUAUUUUUUGCAAUACAUCCCGGAGCGCCAUCACAAGCGAAUUCUCGACGGCAUGAACCGCAGAAGGGCCGGCUUCGCCGGAAUGGAGGAUUUUGAAGCCGAAACUCGAGCCAAGCUCCUCAAGUUCCGUUCCAGCAAAGAUCAAGGUAUGUUUUUUCUAUUCCAUUUUGAAUUUUAGAAGCCAACGAGGAUAAGAUUUAUUUUUGGCCCAAUUUUAGAGGUUAUCCUACCUCCAAUGACCCGAACCGAACGAGCCAUGGUCCAUAUGAUUGCGCGAGAGUUUGAUCUGCGGACUCAUUCCUUCGGACACGAACCACAUCGUCGUACACGAGUGACCAAACCGUUCUUCGAUCGAGUUGUUGGCCUCACCGAUACUCAAGAUUUAUUUUUGAUCGAAGAGCAACGAGAUCUGAUCCGAGAAAUGUUCCAGCAACGUCCAUUGCAGCUGGAUGAGCUGGAAGAGCAUCAACGAGCUGAUUUGAGGAGUAAGCUGGUUUCUUUUUAUUGUGUUAUAUAUUUAGUGCGACAAGUUCAUCGACCGGGGAUGGCCAACAAAAGCGCGGAACCAAUAGUCCCUCCCGCAACAAAAUGCAGUCCGGAGAUGCGGAGAUUCCGAGAAAAUCUACCAACCUUCAAGUAUAGAAGUCAGAUUCUGACGGCUAUCGAUAGGAACAAAGUUACAAUUGUUACGGGAGGCACUGGUUGUGGUAAAACCACUCAAGUUCCGCAGUUCCUAUUAGAAGAAGCAAGUCAAUGUCGCGAACCGAUCAGAAUUGUUUGUACGCAACCGAGAAGGUUGCCCGCGAUUGCUGUGGCCGAAAGGGUUGCCAAGGAGCGAAAUGAAAGGCUUGGCGACACUGUUGGAUAUCAUAUUAGACUUGAACAGAAGUAAGUUAUAUUGUAGUAGGUAAAAUGAAGAUUUUUGAGAAUUUUUGAUCUAUGUAAGUACAAAAAAGAUGUAAGGGGUCUUUUAACAUGAUUUCGAGGAUAUUAGAAGUCUUAAUUUUUGAUUUAUAGAUUAUUUUUUUCUAGAUAAUACCUAAAGUAAUAUAAUUUUUCUUUAUUUUGUGCGGUUUGAAGUUUGAAUAGAUAAAUUAGGGUCCAAAAUUAAAUAUUAAAGCAAUUUCAGCUCUUUAGUGACCUGAAAAUAUUAUAAAAUCGCCUGUUUUGCCUAAAGUAAUAUAAUUUUUAUAAAAUUUUCUUCCAGAACCUCUCAAAACACGGCCCUCACUUACUGCACGAGUGGUGUUCUCCUUCGGAUGCUCACGGUGGAUGAUAUUGCCCGUGAUAUCACGCAUAUUAUCCUUGACGAAGUCCAUGAGCGAGAACAAAACACCGAUUAUCUCCUGAUCGUCCUGCGACAAGCGUUGAGAAAACGUUCGGAUCUGAAGGUGAUUUUGAUGUCAGCCACCAUGGAAGGAAACCGGGAAACCUUUGCGAAUUACUUCCAAAAAUUCGAGCUGAGUUUUAUAGAGAGUAAGUCAAUUUUUUGUGUGUUAUUCGAUGUUUAGUCCCCUCUCGGCUCCAUUCCGUCCAACGCUACUUCCUCGGUGAUAUCCUGGCCGCCACCGGCUACCAACCCCAAUCCAUGUUCUCCUCCGGUUUCGGCGACAGCUUCGGGAACACCUUUAGCGCCACGGAAUUCGAUUAUCAAAAGCCAUCUUCGAGUUACAACCAGUACUACGACCAUCUUCACAGAUCAACGACGGUCCCCACGAACCUGCAGGGAUGCCAUCAGACCAUGGGACAUCGGGGAUAUUAUGAUUCGACCUUUUUCGCCCCACAACAUCUAGGUGCAUAUAAUAAUUAUCCGGGAUAUGCAGGUCCUGUUGGAAAUUAUGGUGGACAUGAAUAUGGAGGCAAUAUGAUGGGGUAAGAGGAGUUUUGAAAGUUGUUUUGGGCAGGUUGGACGGUGGAUUUGAGGUUUUGGAUAUUAAUUUACCUAAAGUAAUAUAAUUUAAAUUUUUUGAGAAAAUUUUGAGGUUAUCAAAGGAAAAUGUGAAAAUUUUUGAUCUCGAUUUGUCGGAUAUGGUGUAAUUUUGAAGUAAAAGUAGAUUUUGUCAAUUUACAUGUGCUCGGAGACAUUUUAUACGAUGAAAUGUUUCGACGGAAAAAAUUUAUGGGUCAGCUCUAAUAAUGAUCAUUUUUAGCUCCGAUUCCGCCCAUUCAUACGCCCCACAGAUCAAAGGAGACUUUAAUGCCCCAUCCACCGCCAGAUUCUUUGACCCCGCCUCGAAUCGGUUCAAUAUGGCACCGCUGGCCAAGGAGAAACUAAUCGAUUCGUAUCUCAUGUCCGGAGGCGCCCAAUGGACGGAAUCCAUCGAUCCCGACCUCACCUUGGAAGUCAUCCGGUUUUGUCUCGGCAGCCCGAUCGAGGGCGCGAUUUUGGUGUUCCUCCCCGGUUACGAUGACAUCAUGACGAUAAGGGAUAAGGUCCGGGAUCUGGGGGAAACCAUAUUCGAGCCAGUCAUAUUCACUCUACAUAGUCAAAUGAACAGCCAAGACCAGCAGAAAGUGUUUGAUCCGGUGAGGCAUGGGCAGAAGAAAGUGGUGAGUUUUUGUCAUGGAGAAUAUAAUUUUGAUUGAUUUUUUUGGGAAACGAGGGAAAUUCAAGGAAGUUCAGGAAGUUUAAAGGCAUUGUGGAUAGAUUUGGGGGGUUAUUAGAGGAUUUGAGGGAAUUUUGAGACCAAUUUUUAUCAUGGAUAAUAUAAUUUUUUAGCAAUUUUUGAGGUAUUUUGCAGGAAUUAGAAAGUUUAGUGUAUUCUAUGACAAUAUUGGUAAAUUUGAAGCUUUUUCAGAGGGGUUUCAAAAAUGUUUAGAGUCGUUUUUUUUUUGUUAUGGGUAAUAUGAUUUUAAAUAAAAAUUUUUUGGUUUUUGUGAUAUGAAAUAAUAUCCUUGUUCCAGAUCCUCAGUACCAACAUUGCCGAAGCCUCUCUGACCAUUGAUGACGUUGUUUUCGUUAUCGAUGGCGGGAAAGUGAAGGAAAAAACGUACGAUCAUGUGAGCCGAAUCUCCCAGCUGAAGGUCUCCUGGAUCGCCCGAUCCAACGCCGAACAACGAGCGGGCCGUGCCGGACGUUGCCGUAACGGCUACUGUUUCCGACUCUACAGUUUGCGAGAUUACGACCAAAUGUCGGCCACCCAAAUGGCCGAGAUGAAACGAGUCGCCAUCCACGACGUUUGCUUGCACGCCAAAAUGUUCGCCCCCGACAAUAUGCCUGUCCGAAGAUUCCUCGAAUUGGCCCCCGAACCGCCGGUCCCCGGCGCCAUCGAUAAGUCCUUGGAGUUCCUGGAACAGCUCGGAGCAUUGUUCACGUCCGACCGACUGGCCGCGUUCAAGUACAACCAGCAGAAACAGAAGGAACCCGAAUUGACCGAACUCGGAAGACUGGUCGCUCAUUUGCCUCUGGACCCGCAAUUGGCCAGAUUGUUGUUGUUCGGAUUGGCUCUAAAAUGUCUACAUCCUGUCCUGGGACUGGUUGCCGCACUCUCACAUCGAGAUCCAUGUAAGUAAAAAGAUUUAGAGGGAUCUAGAUAUUGUAGUAGGACCUAUCCAUUGAGCCUUUCAAAAAAUCAAUUUUUUCAUUGAAAAUAUUGUUUCUUUGAGAUGCUAGAAGCCGAUACUGAUAUUUAGAGUAGAUUGAAAGCGAAUUUAAUAGAAAAAAUAUGUUGGGAGCUCGUGAUGUUGCAGUAGGUAUAUCAGAACAAAAAUAAGAAAAAACAGUUUUUUGUCGUAUAAAAUGUCGGCUGUUAGUGUCAUUAUUGAAAGAGGGUGAGAAUUAGAGUAGAUUGAAUGUCAUUUUGGGAGAAAACUAUGGCGAUGAUGGUUGAUAUUGUAGUAGGUAGAUCUAUGAAAAAAUGCUGAAAAACAGAUUUGAUCGUAUAAAAUGUCGUCUGUUGAUGUCAGCGAAGAAUAAUAAGGACGUUUAGGAAAGUAUAAGUCUAAAAUUUACUUUGUUUCUGAAUAUUGACGUCUAAUUUCUACCUUAUUUUAGUUAUCUUACCACUCGGAGAAGAUCGAUCCGACGCGUUGGCGGCCCGCGACAAGUUCAGUCAAACCGACUUGUCAGACCACCUGAUGCUCUUGCGAGCCCUCAACGUCUAUUGCCAACAGCCCAACACCAACCGAUCCGUCGCUUUCUGCCGCCAGAACUUUAUCUCCUUCACGGCCAUGAAGAUGAUCGUCGGGAUCCGGAAACAACUCUUCCUGGAAAUGCGACGCCUUCAUCUCGUCCCACAGGACUGUAUGUCCUCGGAGGACCCGGAUCUGAACUUGUUUUCGCACUCUUGGCCCAUGGUUCAAGGCGCAAUCGUGGCCGGAUGCUAUCCAGGAGUGGCCUUUGUGAGAUCGGGCACAAAACUGAGGAAAAUCCGGACCAACACUGGGGCAAUGUCAACUCUCCAUCCCUCAUCGUCCUUAAGAAGACAGGUCCAACAACCCAAGCGGACCGUGGAACCGGAAAUUGAGUAUCUGGCCUAUCAGGAACUCUCCCGAAUUGAUGAAGGACUGACCCUAAGAACGGUGACUGCGGUCCCGCCGAUGACUGUUGCCUUGUUUGCGGGCCCCGUCAAGAUGAGCAAGGUCAUUGUGGACGACUUUGAAUUGGGUAAGGGAAUCUGGAAGCGGUUUGAAAAGAACUUUGGGCAAUUUUAUAUUGUAGUAGGUAGAAAUGGGGAAGAUUUGAUUUUUUGUUGAAAAAGUGUGGAUUUUGUUGGGAUAAAAGGUAAGGAGCGGGAAUUAUAGGCCUGGUGAUGUGUCAUGAAAAAAAUAAAAGUGAAAAAAUCCGUCAUCAUGACGUAUUUUUUGGAGGUUUGAGUUUUUUUGUAAAUAUUGGAUUUUUUUUGGAAAUUUUGUGUUUUAUAAUUUUUUGAGAGAUAUCAGAGGUAAUUUUGACAUUUUUCAUAACUAGGAUGACGUAUUUUUUGGACUUUUGCCAUUUUUUUUUGAUUUUCAAGUUUUGAGAUUUUUUGAGGAUUUUUUUUUAUUAAAAUAAUUUGUCUCGUAUUUUAGCCGAGGAUGAGUAUGAUGAUGUUGCAAAGGAAGCGAAAGAAGCUGUCCCAGAUCCUCUCCCCGAAAAAGACGAGAUGGAAGUUGAUUUUGACUCCCCAACUGACUACGAUGCCCUGAAAGUGGAGCGAGAUUAUUACGUGGAGCUGGAGAACUGGCUCGGCUUCAAGGGAAAGUUCAAGGACCUCCAGCUGGUGCUCAGACUCCGUUUCCGGUUCAUGAACUACUUUAUGAACGUGCUGAAAAACCCGUUGAAGAGACUCAGCUCGGAACAGGAAGAGAUCCUCAAUACGGUCGCCAAAAUUUUGGAAAUGGAUCAUAAAAAAGCGACCUUCAAUGCGGUGGAGGAUGUGUAUAAGCAGAGAUAUAUAGUGAAGAGACCCAGUGAUGAGAGAGUGGAGGAGAUCAGAGAGGAUGGUAAGGAUUGGAGAGAAGAAUUGGGAUUUGGAGGGGUUUGAACCUAAAAUAAGGUGAAAUUAUUAGAUUUUCUUGAAAUUUGAGCGGGAAAUUGGGUUUAGAAAGUAUAAAUGGAGGUUAAAUUGUAUUUUAAAAGUGUUUGUUUUACUUUGAGACGUUAGAUAAAAAUUUUGGGUAAUGUUUUAUGUGCCAGACUUGAGUAAGGUAAAGCAAUGUCAAAUUUUGGUAUUUUUGAGUGGGAAAUGGUGGGUUUAGACCGGAAAUGAGCAGAAAUUUUAAUAUUGGAGACAUUUGCUACCGAUUUGACGAUCGGACGUGAUUUUGGGCUAAAAUUAUAUUGCUCAUGAUCAAGGUAAAAUAAUGUCGUAUUUUGCGAUUUUUCAAUAGAUAAGGGUGAAUCUAGACUAAAAAUGACCUAGAAAUAGAGUUGUGGUCACAUUUUCUAGAUGAAAUUUAAGUUUAGCACCAAAAUUUGGACUAAAUUUAUAUUACGCUUGACAUUUUCAGCUCCCGCUGAACACAAACCAAGAUCAAGCUUCCUGAAAAUCGACUCCCAUCGAGAAUCCGAGCCAAUCCCUGCGGAUCCAUCCCCGAAUGCGCGAGAAGAACCCGAGCCCUCGAGAUUAUCAACGAAACCGCAUAGAAACCCAUCGGAAAGGAUCCUCCUCCAGCUCACCCAGGCCCAAAACAAAAGCCAGGAUGGACGAAAGGAAGAGCAGAAGCUGUACAGACCACCCAAAAGUCAGAUCAGAAGAGAGGAGAACAAGGAAAGGAAAGAAAAAGAGGAAAAGGACGAGAAAUUCAAGAAGGAGAAGAUAAAAAGUGAAGAAAUUAAGAAGGAAAAGGUGCUGGAUGAUGUCGAUGAGGUGAGAUUUUUGAGUGUUAAGGUGCUAUUGGGCUUGUGUUUGAAUGGAAAAUUGAAUUUUUGGGAAAAUCCGUCAUCAUGACGUGUUUUUUGGAAUUUUUGAAAUUUUGAGGUUUUUUGGUUAAAAAUGGAAUUUUUUGAAAUUUUUAUGUCAGAAAUCGAUUUUGAAGGCGUUGUGGAUGGGUUUUAGAGCGGUUUCGAUGUAAGGAUGACGGAAUUUUUGGAUUUUCUUUUAUUUUUUUGUCAUGGAUAAUAUAAAAUUUUCAGAGGGGAAAACGGCGCUUCAGGAAGUCCAAGGGAUUCCUGCUUCUGAGCUUUUCUUUGGCUGGAAAAUAGAAUUUUUGGAAAAAUCCGUCAUCAUGACGGAUUUUUUGGAAUUUCUGAAAUUUGAAAUUUUUUGGUUAAAAACGGGAUUUUUAAAAAAAUGUGAUGUCAGAAAUAGAUUUUUAAGGCUAUCUGGAGGGAUUUUAGAGGGUUUUUGAUGCAAAGAUGACAGAUUUUUUGCGAAUUUUUUUUUAUGAUUUUGAAAUUUUGAGAUUUUUUGGUUUAAAAAUCUUAUUUUUUGGGAAUUUUAAUGUCAGAAAUAGAUUUUGAAGGCGUUGUGGAAGAGUUUUAGAGGGUUUUUGAUAUUAAGAUGACGGAUUUUUUUGAAUUUUUUGCCAUGGAUAAUAGCAAAUUUUUAGAAGGGAAAACGGCGCUUCAAGAAGUCCAAAGGAUUCCUGAAUGGCGCCAAAACCGCUGAUUGCUCUGCAGAUGCGGAAAUUUUGCGAGAAAGAGAGAAAAAGGAGAACGAGAACAGCAAACAGACGGAAAGAGCCUCCACCUUCUUCAAAAGCGUCGGCAUCAGAACGGAAACGGAGAGUCAGGACGUCAGAAAUUGUGAUAUGAAACGCAAAGACAAGUACGUAAUCCCAGCAUGCCGAAGAGGCGAGAAUUCGGGGACCGUCGGAAGUAAUCUGGCCAAAAAUGAGGACGGAAGAAGGAAUAGGUUCAGGAAUGAGGAGGAAAAAGGCACCAAGGAAGAGGUGGAAAGACGCAAUGGUCAAGAAAAUGAGAACAUUCGACGCCCCACGGUCGCUCAGCGCCUCGAACAAGAGAGGAACGGCCGAAAGCCCUUCGAGAACGGGAAAAGCCGCGUUUUCAGGUCGAAAACGUACGCGCAGAAGAAGGAAAGACCAAAAGAAGAGUAG